AUGCAGGAGGCAGGGCCAAACCUGACUUGGAGUAAAUAUAUACGAGGGCAGUCCAGGCUGGCUAACCGCACCGGGGAAGUGACUCCACACACCAUGGAGCUGGCUGGAGCCAUCACCAUCUUCCUGGGCAUCUACGUGUCCUGCCUCCUCGUCAUCUCCGCCUGGAGAAAGCAGUCGCGCUACAGGAACCUGCCCCCCGGGCCCACUCCCCUCCCGCUGAUCGGGAACUUCCUGCAGAUGAAGGUGGGAGAAACCCUAAAAUCACUGGAGAAGCUGAGUGAGAAGUACGGCCCGGUGUUCACCGUCUAUUUCGGGUCCAAGCCCAUCGUGGUGCUGUGCGGGCAUGAGGCAGUGAAGGAAGCGCUUGUGGACCAGGCCGAGGAGUUUAGCGGGAGAGCCCACAUACCGACUGUCGAGAAGAACUUUCACGGCUUUGGGGUGGUUUUUGCCAACGGGGAGCGGUGGCGCCAGCUGCGCCGGUUCUCCCUCACCGUCCUGCGGAACUUCGGCAUGGGGAAGAAAAGCAUCGAGGAGCGGAUCCAGGAGGAGGCCCAGUUCCUGCUGGAAUCCUUUCGAAAUACAAAAGCGGAACCUUUUGACCCGACCUUCUUCCUGAGCCGGGCCGUCUCCAACGUCAUCUGCUCCAUCGUCUUUGGCGACCGCUUCGACUACGAAGACAAAGAGUUCCUGUCCUUGCUGCAGAUGAUGAACGAAAGCUUUAGAGAGAUCAGCACCCCGUGGUCACAGUUCUACGACAUGUAUGCGGAUUUUCUCAAAUACUUCCCUGGCCCUCACAUGAAAAUCUACUACAUACUGGAAGACAUGAGGAAAUUUAUUGAGAGGAGAGUGAAGCAGAACCAAGCAACGCUGGAUGCCAAUUCCCCCCGGGAUUUUAUCGACUGCUUCCUGAUCCAAAUGGAAAAGGAAAAGCAAAACCCUUCGAGCGAAUUUAACACCAAGAACUUGGAGCUGACCACGCUCAACUUGUUCUUCGCCGGCACGGAGACCGUCAGCUCCACCCUGCGAUACGGGUUCCUGCUCCUGAUGAAACACCCAGAGGUCCUAGGGAAGAUGCACGAGGAGAUCGACCGGGUGAUCGGCCAGAGCCGCGUCCCGGCCAUCGAGGACCGGAGCCAGAUGCCCUACACCGACGCCGUCAUCCACGAGGUCCAGCGAGUCAGCGACCUGAUCCCCAUGGACGUGCCCCACAUCGUGAUCCGGGACACCCAGUUCAGAGGCUACACCAUCCCCCAGGGCACCGAGAUCUACCCCAUGCUCAGCACCGUCUUGCGUGACCCCAGCAAGUUCAAAACCCCCGAAAGCUUCAACCCCGAGAACUUCCUGGAGGAGACGGGGCGGUUCCGGAAAAACGACGCCUUCGUGCCCUUUUCCUCAGGUAAGAGGAUCUGCCUGGGCGAGGCGCUGGCCCGCAUGGAGCUCUUCCUCUUCUUCACCACCAUCCUGCAGAGCUUCACGCUGAAACCCCUGAUGGCCCCGGAGGACAUCGACACCAAGCCGCUGGAGAGUGGCUUUGCCAAAAUCCCCCCCUUCUACCAGCUCUGCGUGGUGCCUCGCUGACAGAGACAGGAGACAAGGCCCAGGCAGGGACCCCAGCCUGGCUGAGAAACCACAGGGGCCAGGAGCACGAACAACAGAUCAGGCCUGAUUCUCGGUUACCCCGUCCCUGCGCUUGGUUUAAAGUAGUUUCAAACUCCUGUUACCUAUUACAGACUCUGUGCGGCCCUGGAGUCAGUUACAGCAGCCUCGGGGCUGCUCUAAUUCACGCUAUGGGCCCGGGGGGACACAGAACAGCCCUGCCCCCGCCCCGCCCCCUAUGGGCCCUGGGGGGCAGAGAAUAACCACAGUGCAGUGCUCUCUGGCUGUGUCCUGGAUUUGCCCUCUGCACCCGGGGCUGGGAGCAGCGCGGUGGGAUCAGGGUCCUUGUGCAGUGUGUGUGGGGGGGGAUCUCCAGGGGCACUGAUGUAACUGCAUUGCUUGGAGCUACGUGAGUGAGAACGACAGCCAGGGCCAGGGUCUCCUUCCGCCCCAGGAGCAGAGAGCUCGUGUGAACACAGACGGGGCUGCGCAAUCCACACGCGGGAGCGAUGUCGUGAACCAGCCUACGCCCCGGUGCAGCAGCGCCAGGUGGAGGGACGAAUUCUUCCCUCCACCCAGCGUCACCUCGCGGGGAGGGGGCUGAAAUCCGCCAACGGGAGACCCCCGCCCGGCGCUGCCGUGUCUCCACCGACGCCUUUCAAGCGGGCCUGGCCGGACACCUUUGGACUGGAGUGCCCCUCGCUGUCAGAACAGCUCCGGGGAUUAUUAGCAGCUGAUGUCACCCAAACCCAUUAACCUGCUCCUGGAGCCCGGGUCGGCUUAGGGAUCAGAGCGCUGUAGAGCUUUGCACUGGGGCUGGAAAGCAGGAAGCCCCGGCGUGUGCCCCCCGGAUGGAGAUUUUACCGCCGUUUCCGCUUGCCGAGGCAGACGCUCCUGGCUGGACUCAAUGAGACGUUCCCGCCAUGAGGCUCUCAGCUGUUACUGGACGUGCUCCUGAAAAUGUCCUGGCUUGUGACAGUGACUCUUCCGACGUCCCCCUGGGAAGGGAAGCUGAUUUCACGCUUCGUUAUUUUCUAUCGGGGGGGUAGCCGUGUUCGUCUGUAUCUGCAAAAACAAGGAGUCGGGUGGCACCUUAAAGACUAACAGAUUGAUUUGGGCCUAAGCUUUCGUGGGUAAAAACCUCUUCUCCUUGUUUUCUAUUCAUUGGGGGUUUUCCCCUCUGCUGCUGGUAACUAGUUCAGCAUCGAGCUUAUUAAAGUCCAUACAAACAUGA